UUGAGUGUGUUGAUAUCAUCUAUGGAAUUGUAAAAUUAAUAAAAAAUGAUAUUGUUUUGAAAAAUAAUUUUAUAUAUACUAAAAGUAUAUAUUAAUUACAACUCGAACUCAAUUAAUUACAGCUCUUUGAAUAUUCAAAUCCUUGUUCCUUCCUUCCUUCUUCAAUCUUCUCUUUUUGGUCAUUUCUUUUUCCAAUCAAAUUCAUGCAAUCACAAAUACUCCACUUCCCUUAACCUAAUUCCUUCACUUUGAUCAUCAAUUCACCCAAUUUAGCUAUUUCAGUUUUGCAGACACAACAGCUCCUUGCAUUAUAUUGUAUUGUAAUAAUGCUAUACUACUAUUAGCACUAAUUGCUUUGGACGCACGCCCAACAUAAUUUGCAUUGCUUUCUGAUUUAUUACACCGCAAGCAAAAGCUAGAACAGAAAGCAGCAGAAAUGAUAAACAAGCCGCUUGUAUUGACUUAUCUCUGCCUAUUGAUUUACGUUUUGCUUUCUUCCGGAGUUAUACUGUACAACAAGUGGGUUCUCUCUCCCAAGUACUUCAAUUUCCCGUUCCCUAUAACGUUGACAAUGUUUCACAUGGCGUUCUCCGGAUUCUUUGCGUUUUUUCUUAUCCGUGUUUUCAAGGUUGUAGCUCCUGUUAAAAUGACAUUUGAAAUAUAUGCAACAUGUGUAGUACCCAUAAGUGCCUUCUUUGCAUCAAGUCUUUGGUUUGGCAACACUGCCUAUUUGCAUAUAUCUGUGGCUUUUAUCCAGAUGCUCAAAGCUCUAAUGCCAGUGGCAACCUUUUCCAUGGGUGUUCUGUGUGGCACUGACAAACCAAGGUGCGAUGUGUUCUUAAACAUGGUGCUGGUCAGCGUUGGAGUUGUCAUUUCCUCAUAUGGGGAAAUUCAUUUUAAUAUAGUUGGCACAGUUUAUCAGGUCACGGGAAUCUUUGCUGAAGCUCUUAGGCUUGUCUUAACUCAAGUACUCCUGCAAAAGAAGGGCUUGACUCUAAAUCCAAUUACCAGUUUAUAUUACAUUGCACCAUGCAGUUUUGUAUUUCUUUUUGUGCCUUGGUGUUUACUGGAGAAGCCUGGGAUGGCAGUUUCACUGAUACAGUUCAAUUUUUGGAUCUUCUUCUCCAAUGCUCUUUGUGCUCUAGCUCUGAACUUGUCAACAUUCUUAGUAAUUGGAAGAACUGGAGCUGUCACCAUCAGGGUGGCUGGUGUUCUAAAAGACUGGAUACUGAUUGCCCUUUCCACUGUUAUUUUUCCAGAGUCUACCAUAACUGGGCUCAAUAUAAUUGGAUAUGCCAUUGCUCUCUGUGGCGUUGUCAUGUAUAAUUACAUAAAGGUUAAGGAUGGUCGUGCUUCUCAGCUACCUUCAGAUAGUAUCCCAGAGAGAUUCACGAAGGAUCGGGAUUGGAAGUUGGAGAAGAAAUCAUCAGCCAUAAUCAACCCCAAUAGCAAUAGUGAUAGCAAUGAGGGGAACUUCAAUGGGUCAGAAAUGAAUGAUGAAGAAGCGCCUCUAGUUUCAUCAAGGCUAUCACAUUUUGGACGUUCAUUCAGCAACCAUACCAAAUGAGUGACAACAAGAAGGCUCUAGUCUAGUGCACCACCAACGAAUGUGGAGAGCAAAUUAUUUGGACAGCAAAAGGAUAUGUGAAAUUGAAGCAGUUGGCAAGGGCCUGCCUUUCUCACUUAAAAGGUAAGGUAAGGUAAGGUAAGGGAGAUAAUCCUUUUUUCAGAAGAGGUACUGAUCAUUUCGCAUAUUUUGAUAGAAUUGCAUUCUUUGACCUCUGUUCUGCUAAUUGACAGACGGUGAUGCUGAAACUUUCUAUGGAUUUAGAAAUGGUAGCGAUAUUUAUUAUCUUCAUCAA